CCCGGGAGCCAUUACUGUCCUUUCCACCCCCGUCUCUUGUCGCACCUGCCACCGCUGAAGAGAGGAAUCACCUUGAGGAUAUGAGGCUAGGCGUGGUAUCAGCGGUAGGCGUGUGGGCGGUGGUGGUGGUGCUGAUGCUCGGCGUAGGCGUGGUGCAGCCGCCCACCACCGAGGCAGCCGCGGCGCCACAUGGUUGCUGUCGCCGCGGUCGCUUCGCUGCUGCGGCUUUGGGCUUCAUUGGGGGAUAUUUAGCAGGACGCCAUCACGGCUACCAUCACGGUGGGUGCGGCGGAUGCGGUUCAGGAUGUGGCGGGUGCGGCGGGGGAUGUGGGUGGUGCGGCGGCGGCUACUACGGCAGGCGGCGGCGGAGUUUGGACGAGGUGAUGGAAAGGGAGGUCAUUGAAGACAUGUUUAUGAAGUUCGCCUCACGGGACAAGGACCAGUGCGGGCUGCGGCUGGUGUGCGAGUUGGCGCAGAAGGAUCCCAACUACCUGACAGGAGACGAGACCCUCAUUCUUCUGCCGUACAGGGGGCGAGACGAGAGUGAUAACAACAGUUACUACGGGCGGUACGACAAGGCGGUGUGGCACGGGCAACACGGCAACCCCUGCAAGGAGCUGUUCCCUAAGUGCCCGUACUCGGCACCGCAGAUCAUGGGUUACACCGCCACCAACGCCACGGACACCACCACCUGACCGCCUGCACAUCCAGCGAGUCCCAUGAACUGAGCCUACAGUAAAUGUUAAUCUGAAUAUUAUGUUAUCACUGAAAUAAAGACAGAAUUC